AGUGCUUCUUCUCUGCUGCUAGUCUCUGCCUCACUCCGUCGCCAUGUUAGGAGCUGUGGGACGCUGCUCCGCUGGGGCUUUACGGGCUCUGAAACCAGCUUCCAGCCCCGUUCAACUGGGCCAGAACCUGCUUAGGAGUUCUCCAGCCGCAUUACACUCUCGAAGAGACUAUGCAGCACAGACAGCAGCAGCUGCCAAGCCUGGCGUUGCCACAGGGCGCAUAGUGGCAGUUAUUGGUGCUGUUGUGGAUGUCCAGUUCGAUGAAGGUUUACCACCCAUCCUGAAUGCUCUGGAGGUUCAGGGCAGGGACACCAGGCUGGUACUGGAAGUUGCUCAGCAUUUGGGUGAGAGCACAGUCCGUACCAUUGCUAUGGAUGGUACUGAGGGCUUGGUAAGAGGACAGAAAGUCCUUGAUGCUGGCACACCAAUCAGAAUUCCUGUUGGCCCUGAGACCCUGGGAAGAAUUAUGAAUGUCAUUGGUGAACCCAUUGAUGAAAGAGGCCCUAUUACAACAAAGCAAUUUGCUGCAAUCCAUGCCGAAGCUCCAGAGUUUGUGGAAAUGAGUGUUGAGCAGGAGAUUCUGGUUACUGGCAUCAAAGUGGUGGAUCUGUUGGCCCCAUAUGCUAAAGGAGGAAAAAUCGGACUCUUUGGUGGAGCUGGUGUUGGUAAAACUGUACUGAUUAUGGAACUUAUUAACAAUGUAGCCAAAGCCCACGGUGGUUACUCAGUGUUUGCUGGUGUAGGAGAGCGUACCCGUGAAGGCAAUGACUUGUACCAUGAAAUGAUUGAGUCUGGUGUCAUCAACCUGAAGGACACCACUUCAAAGGUAGCAUUGGUGUAUGGACAGAUGAAUGAACCACCUGGUGCCAGGGCUCGUGUAGCUUUGACUGGACUAACUGUUGCUGAGUACUUCAGAGACCAGGAGGGACAAGAUGUGCUGCUUUUCAUUGACAACAUCUUCAGGUUCACCCAGGCUGGAUCAGAGGUGUCUGCCUUGCUUGGGCGUAUACCAUCAGCUGUCGGUUACCAACCAACUCUGGCUACUGAUAUGGGUACCAUGCAGGAGAGAAUCACUACCACCAAGAAGGGGUCUAUUACAUCUGUGCAGGCUAUCUAUGUGCCUGCUGAUGAUUUGACUGACCCUGCUCCUGCCACCACCUUUGCUCACUUGGAUGCAACUACUGUCCUGUCUCGUGCUAUUGCAGAGUUGGGUAUCUAUCCUGCUGUAGAUCCCCUGGAUUCUACCUCCCGUAUCAUGGAUCCCAACAUUGUUGGUCAGGAGCAUUAUGAUGUGGCUCGUGGAGUACAGAAAAUUCUGCAGGAUUAUAAAUCUUUGCAAGAUAUUAUUGCCAUCUUGGGUAUGGAUGAAUUGUCUGAAGAAGACAAACUGACUGUGGCCCGCGCUAGGAAGAUCCAGCGUUUCCUCUCUCAGCCAUUCCAGGUUGCUGAAGUCUUCACAGGGCACUUGGGUAAACUAGUCCCACUGAAAGAUACCAUCAAGGGAUUCCAGCAGAUCCUUCAAGGAGAGUUCGAUCACCUCCCAGAGCAGGCUUUCUACAUGGUUGGACCUAUUGAAGAAGCUGUAACAAAGGCUGAGAAACUUGCAGAAGAGCACUCUUAAGACUCAAUACCCUGUUAAAGCACUCAAACACCUUCAUCGUCACAGUAACUUUAAGCCUGUUUCUGUAUUGGAUCCGUGUUGGCAAAGUAUUUAAAAUUUCCAAUAAAACAUCUCUGUAAAAAGACCCACA